AUGUACGGAACCUUAGCAGCUAGACCCGAUGUCAACUUCGAGUUCAACCUUCCUCACGGACCUGAUGCAGACGAUACUAUAAACGAGGACCAGAUGUCACAGUACACGUCAGUUCAAGGCACCGUACCUACUGCCGCUUGGUCCUUCAACCAACUGCAGAAUGGGGAUGAUACGAGGACUCGUGUUCAACUAGGUCAACAUGAGAAUGACGGACAAGAGCUCAACCAUCGUCAAUUUCCCCCCAGAUUUUCUGACGAUGGAGGGAGCGGAGAAGCAUUCGAGCGAUCUUGGCCUAGCCACCAAGCUAGGAAACAGGCUGCGAAUGCUGCGAAAGGCACAAAGUCGCCAAGGCGCUCUGAGGACCAAGGCGAAGACCCUGCACCACACGCUCGAGCGAAGAAACCGCGCCAGUCCUUGUUUGGCGGAGCUGAUGAAGAGAUGGAGACCGAUAAACAAGUCGAUAGCCUCUUUGUAUCUGCAACGCCUGGACACGGUCUUGGUCACUACAUGUCAAGCUUUACCCUCGAUCAACAACAAGGUGGUGACGAGGUUGAACAACCCACGAGAAAUGGCUUCGGCCUGGCGUACUCCGACAUUGGUAGCGCUGGCGACUCACCCGCUCUCUCUGACGACAAAUUUGUCAUUGCUCCAGAUACCACGCCUUACUAUGAGUUGCGCCGAAACAUCAAUCGUCAGAAGACUAUCGCGCAUAUUGAUACCGAUAAGUCCGGCGAUUUCGACCCCGAUCAGGAAGCAAAGGAGAGGGCGACUAAGCUGGUUCACGCCAAAGUAGCCAAGAAGGACAAUAAGGAAACGAGAAAGAAGAAGGGCAAGAAUGGUGUGCCGAGAGACUACGUCAUGAAGUGCAUCGUCAAGCUCCCCUUUGACGCGUUCAGCAACGUGCGCAACAUCAAGAACGACGAGCAGCGUUGCCCUGAAGAUUGGUCUGAAAUCGACUCUGAGCAAGGGCGUGAGCUCGAGGAGUACCGAGCGGCAUUUCGCGUCAACACACCUGACCGCGGCCAGCUAUCACCUCUCGAAGAUCCUGCUGGCAAAUUUGACGAAUUUACCGGACACCCUGAAGCAAGAGGCUGUAAGCAGUGCCGCAAGCUUGAGCAGCCGUGCUCGAUGGUGAAAGAUGGCACGUAUCCUUGUGAAGAGUGCACUGAGGAUGGCAGUGAAUGCCAGCCUAUCCAAGAAAUCGCAGUGAAAGACAGAUGCAAGCAGUGCGAUCAGCCGAUUUGCGAUCACUGCGCUGAUAACGAUCACAUUUGCGAGGCUUUGCCGCCCCAAGGUUACAAGGCUUCGCGCAUUAACAUCGAAGAGGUCAUUUGGGGUCCAGACAGACCCCACGUCGCCUGCACAGCCUGUCGCAAAGACAAGAAGCGUUGCACCUUGAAAGGGAAAGAGGACAAACCGCCCUGCAGGUAUUGCGGGAAGAACAAUCUUGGCUGCACGUUCUUCCACCUACCUAAAUUCGUUAACGAAAACGGAACAGCAAAGAAAAAACCCUCGCCCGGGACGAUUACGCAGGAGGUUAUGAAGCCUAGAGAUAAUAUCUUUACCACACAGAUCCUGGAGCGCGAGCCAACAUCCGAGAUGGAGAUGGAGGAUGGGGAGGGCAACAAAGGCAUGCUUACCAAGAUCACAACCUCUUUUGCGCAUCCUAUUCGAUUCCAGGCUCCGCUCUGCAACUUCUGCGAGAUUCCCAUCUUCGGUAUGAUCGGCUACUUUGAGCGCGAAGUGCACGUCAUCCGCUGGCAUAACGGUCUAGGAUACGCCGAAGUCGGCGGAGGGCGCUGUUCAGACACGGGUCCGACAAUGAUGUGCAGGGAAUGCACCAACCACAGGGUGCAAAUUGUUGCUUGCGCCGGCCAUGAGUUCGAGCAGCAGGUAGACGCAGCUGUUGACCACGAUGUUCUUGCAGAUGGGCUUAAUGAGGUAGAACCCGGAGGCGCCGACGUCCAGUAUCAGCUACAGAGAUGGUGCUCCCUUUGCUUCUCACCAGCUUCCUAUGGAUGUUGCAAGGUACAGCUGGAUAUUACGGGUCAGGAAGAGAUGGAGGUCACUGGAUGCCAUCUCAGGCUCUGCUUCGCCUGCGAACACUCACUACGUGAAGAUUACGGAGGCGACUUCGAUCAAAUGGUGACCCAGAUGGACAGCAAGCCAAAGAUUAGUGAGGCAGACGAGAUCCUUGAGAGGGAGAUCAGAGGAAAGCCGCGAGCAGACGUCGGCUUCUUGCAGGUGAAUGGGCUGUUAAUGCGGACGGUUAUGGCGAUGGAGGAAUGA